ACGAGUGUGUAGGAAAGAAAAGCUUGCCGUGCAUUACUAAUACCCUUUUGAUUGACCCGCAACGAGUUUGAAAUAAAUAAAUAAAUUGACUAAUAAGUGAAACGUCAACUGCAAGUGACUGAUUGAUAAACCGCGAGUGACAGGUGUUGCAGUUCUCGUUGCGCCGUCGAAAGGGGAAAUAUUUCUUGUGAAUUUUCGGGUAGUAUAAACGCGAUUGCGCUGGAUGGUCGCGUGUUAUCGGUGAAAUUGACUGAACCCGGGGGUUGAAUAAUCGAAUUAGCUAGUUAUCAGUGGCAAUAAAAAGUAAUAAAUCAUGUUUGAUGUAUUUGGCUCGGUGAAGGGCCUCCUGAAGCUCGACCAAGUGUGCAUCGACAAUAAUGUAUUUCGAUUGCACUACAAGGCAACGGUGAUAAUACUGAUAGCAUUCUCCCUGCUGGUGACAUCGCGACAGUACAUUGGCGAUCCAAUAGACUGCAUCGUCGACGAGAUACCCCUGUCCGUGAUGGACACGUACUGCUGGAUCUACUCGACAUUCACAAUUCCGGAUCGCAGUGGAGUAGUCGGCAGGGAUCUUGUGCAGCCCGGGGUGGCAGCACACGUCGAGGGUGAGGAUGAGAUUAAAUAUCACAAGUACUAUCAGUGGGUGUGCUUCGCCCUAUUCUUCCAAGCAAUGCUAUUCUACGUGCCCCGUUAUCUGUGGAAAACGUGGGAGGGGGGUAGAAUAAAGAUGCUCGUGCUGGAUCUCAAUUGUCCGGUUAUGAGUGACUCCUGCAAGUCCGAGAGACGCAAACUACUGGUGGAUUAUUUUCGAACUAAUCUGCACACCCAAAAUUUCUACGCCUAUCGGUUCUUCCUCUGCGAGGUACUCAAUUUCAUAAACUGCGUCGGCCAGAUAUACUUCAUGGACUUCUUCCUAGACGGCGAGUUCACGACUUACGGCGCUGAUGUCGUGAAAUUCACGGAGAUGGAGCCAGAGGAGAGGAUCGAUCCGAUGGCUCGGGUAUUCCCCAAAGUAACUAAAUGCACCUUUCACAAAUAUGGUGCGUCCGGCACGGUUCAGAAGUUCGAUGGCCUCUGCGUUCUACCCCUGAACAUCGUCAACGAGAAGAUCUACGUUUUCCUCUGGUUCUGGUUCAUCAUUCUCUCGAUACUCAGCGGUCUCAGUCUGGCUUAUCGAGCUGCUGUCGUUGCGGGACCCAAAUUACGUCUCGUUCUUCUUCGUGCACGAUCGCGUCUCUCGCCGCAGGACCAGAUCGAGACCAUUUCCCAGAGGUUCCAGAUCGGCGACUGGUUCGUUCUCUAUCAGCUUGGCAAGAACAUCGAUCCACUUGUCUAUAAGGAUCUCGUGUCGGAUCUAGCUCAGCGGUUCGAGGGGAAACAAACGGUUUAGAGGAAUCUCGUUAUUAGAGAUUAGUCGCGAGCAUUUACGGAAUUUUUAUUGUAUUUUGAAACUCAAUGGUCUCGGGGGAAAUUCACGGUCUUCUAGAGGGUUUUUGUUAUUAAUUUAUGCUGACCGAGUCCGAUAACUGCACACGUGACACUAAAUUUUGUAGAAAAAACUGGGUAAUUCGGUGGAAUGUUUCUAUUGGAAUUCUUGAUAGUUAUCUGUGCUUAUUUUCGUACAGAAUUCGCGUAGAAAAAUGAAAUUCCACUGAUUUUUUUUCUACAAAAAAUUUCUGCUGGACAUUUUCUGUAAAAGAAAUGCGCAGGGAAGCAGAAAUGCAAUAGAAUUUUCCAUCGACUUGACUGGGUUUUUCAGUGAAGUAUUUCCGUACGUGUGAUUUCAAUGAAAAAUCAAACAUUUCGACGUAUUAAUGCCAACGAAUAUUGUGUCUGGCUGGAUUGGAGUCGACUGCCCACCUCCCACAUUUGAAAUACAAUUUUCUCUGUCCAUUGCUCGGUAAUCAUCACAUGGCUUCGAGAAGAAACAUUUUCUGAAAUUAAUCAUCAUAUUUCUUCGUUGAGGGCCCUUGGGUCGUGGGACGGAGGCUUGUAGACUCUAAUUGUGUGAUAAGCGGGUGACGGCGUUGUUUCCUCUUCUUAGGUGCCAGCAUUACAGGCAUAUUCAUCAAUUUCCCAUAAUUUCCCGGAGUAUUCGAAAGUAGCUGUUACGUAGCGUGCAACAAUCCCCGCCAUCUGCCGAUAGAAAACCGUAGGUUGUCAGCAGUUGGGGCCCCUUGGGCCUUGGCUCCCUCCUUUGUCCAGGUGUUUCCCCAGUAGUAUUCGCGGAUAGGUCAAGCAUAUCCGUUUAAUUCCUAUUUUCUAUUCUGAAUUGGGGAUACGCAUGGACAGGAUGCAGCGAAUGUUCAAGGGCAUUUGGGUUUGCAGCUGAAACUAGAUGAAUUUUCCGCAGCGGGAGAUUGAAUUUAGGGGAUUUUCAUGGGUGUGAAGGUCAAGCGAUUAUAUGAGCAUACUUUUUUCGAGUAGAAACAAGUUUGCUCAUGACUUAGAAAGAUUUGGACGCCUCUAGAUUCACCUAAAUUGAACCUUGAACCUUUG